AUGCUAAAAUCAACAGGUGUCGGCGGCGUCGGAACCGCUUUCCUCCAACAACUCUCCAAACUCCCCAACGCCCCCUCCCUCAUCCUCCUCGCGCGCUCGUCCCAAACUCUGCUUGCGCCAACCCCUUCAUMCUCCCCAGCCAUCCCAGCCGCAGACUGGGCAACAGCCUCUUCAGCACCCUCAAUCACUACAACCGGUACCCUGACCCCUACCGAAGUCAUAUCCUACCUCUCCUCUGCCCCCGGCCGCUCCGUGCUCGUCGACAACACAUCCGACCCAAAAUUAGCCAGUGCAUACCCGGACUUCCUCAAAGCUGGCAUUUCCAUCGUCACACCAAACAAGAAGGGAUUCUCGUCCGACCUAUCUCUAUGGAAAGAUAUUUUUGCUUCUGCCGCAGCCGGUAAAGCGCUCGUCUACCACGAAUCGACCGUCGGCGCCGGUCUCCCUGUUCUCUCGACAUUGCGCGAUCUCGUCGCCACGGGUGAUGAAGUCACACGUAUCGAGGGCGUAUUUUCAGGCACUUUGUCCUUCCUCUUCAACACUUUCGCCCCCGUCUCUGCUGCCUCUGGACCAUCCGCAAAGUGGAGUGAUGUAGUCAGCCAAGCCAAGGAACUCGGCUACACCGAACCCGAUCCUCGCGAUGAUCUCAAUGGUAUGGACGUAGCACGCAAACUGACCAUUUUGGCUCGUAUCGCUGGUCUGGAAGUCCAAAGUCCCGAUUCGUUCCCUAUCGAGUCCCUGAUUCCCGCCGAACUGGCAUCGUUGCCUGCCACCUCGGCUGGUGUGACAGAGUUCAUGACCCGUCUACCGGAGUUCGAUGGUCAGAUGGCCACGCUCAAGGAAGAGGCCGAAAAGGCGGGUAAGGUUGUGCGGUACGUUGGUAGUGUGGAUGUUGGUAAGAAGGAGGUCAAGGUCGGAUUGCAGCAGUUCCCCAAGGAUAGCGCAAUUGCCGGGUUGAAGGGCAGUGAUAAUAUUAUUAGCUUCUAUACCAAGAGGUAUGGAAGUAAUCCAUUGAUCGUGCAGGGUGCUGGUGCUGGUGGUGAUGUGACGGCUAUGGGUGUUACGGCGGAUCUUAUCAAGGUUUUGGAACGAUUGUAA